CCUUCCAUGUUCGCUUUGGCAAAAUGGGCGUCCUUCGGUCCCGAGAAAAAGUGGUGGACAUAGAAAUCAAUGGAGAACCAGUGGAUCUGCACAUGAAGCUUGGUGACAAUGGAGAGGCAUUCUUUGUUCGAGAAACAAAAAAUGAUCAGGUCAUAAUCAGGAAAACACCUUUUCAAUGGGUUCUUUGGUCCUGCCUUAUUACCCGCUAAGACAUUUUACUCUGAGGAUAAAUGUAGCUGAAGGAUUAUUUGCCAUUUUAAAAAUAUUUUGGGUUCCCUUGGUGGCUGCACAUUUUAAAUAAAACAAGCCAGGCUCCACCCAGCCAACCUACCCAUGUAUUUCAACCCAAAGACUCACUUAUCCUCCUUACAUUUCGGUACAGGAAAUUCAGCAGGUCAGGCUGUGUGCAGACUUGGCUCUGCAGGCUGCAUUUUUUCUUUUCCUUUUUUAAAACAGCCUCUGUUUGCCAGUGAUAGAGACUUGUGAAGGAGGUAUUUACUAAUGGAGCCAUUUUUACCUACAUUUUAAUUUGCUGUUGCAACUGUGUGUCUCACAGUCAAAAUAUGUAAGAAUUUCUUGAACUCAGCAUUCCUGCUAUAAAAUGUACCAUAGAAGUAAAAAAAAAAAAUAAAAACUUUUUUACAAAUUGAAUUUAUUUUGUGAUUUUUGUCCCCCCUCUGAGAGACAUUCAUAACUCUUUAAAAAAAAAAACAUUUUAACUCAGUGUUUUAGGAAGCUGCCACCAUUAGCUUUGGGGUUUCAAGGUUUUCCGUUGCAAAUAAGCUGAAACAGCCUAGGUACUCACUGUUCUAAUUAAAUGUGCUGUUUUCAUCUUUUGGAGCUGAUAAAAAUGUGGCCAGCCAAAAGUAAGAAAAAGCUGAGUAGUGGCUGGCUCUAACAAAGGAAGUGUGCAAUUUAUUUUCCCCAGACUGGUGUCAGAUUUCCAGGCUUAAAGGAGCAGAGGAGGAGUUUAGUGCCUCUCAACCAACUUUAUUGGCACAGCAGAGUGAAAACGAACUGGUUCCUUCCUAUUUGGCUACCUCUCCCAUCUUGUCAGACGCCGCCUUUUUAAUGAGCUCCCCCCUGAUAGGGAAGAGCUCAGGGGCUCCUACACAGACCCUGGGAUCCUUUGGGAGCAAUGGCGAGAGCAGCGGGGCAAUUACAAAGAAGAGGAGGAAAAGGAGGAGGAAGAGUCGAGCAGACAGCACAAGGAGGGAGGAGAGUGGAGAUUACUCAGCAGAUGAAGACAUGUUUUCAAUAGACAUCAGUUCUGAUGAAGAAGCAGAAAUGGAGAGCAGCAGGUCUUUAUUGAGGGAUUCCUCACAAGACGAAAAAACAGCUGGUUUAGGCAUCUGUUUCAAACAGGCUGGGAUCUACACUCGUUCAGAUGGCGAGUGGAGCCCAGUCCACAGCCGUGACAACUCUCGCCCCACUUCUCCAAAGAGUGACUCAGAGCUAAUCACCAAUCUUUCCGACGCCGAAAGUCAGAAUCCACCGAUGCACUGGGCGUGGGGGGAGCUGCCCCAGGCUACUGCGCCUUCAUUUCUCUCACUGAAGACUGCCGCACCACGUGUUUGUUCUGUAUCUAUCCCCGUGUCCGAAAGUACGCAUUUCCGUGCUAUCCCUCAUCAGAAGCCAUCAGACCAACGUGCAUCGUGUUCUAAAAUACAAGCUCCCUCUGUCCUUAUUGAGGAGGAGACUGAAACAGGGCUGACAAUCAGGAUGGAGUCAGAGUCUAUGAGGGUGGACGCUCAGACUUUAACCUCAGAGAUGCAGGUUACUGCGGCACGAGACACGGACCUGCUGAGGCUGACUGAAAUAGAGGAAACAAUGGCUUGUCCACCCAGGAAGACAGACUCUCCAUCAAAGAAAAACGACAAAAGGAGCCGCCAUCUUGGUUCUGAUGGAAUUUACUUAGAUGACAUUACAGAAUUGGAGCCUGAAGUGGCUGCCCUAUAUUUUCCUAAAAGUGAGAGCUCUUCAACCAUGAGAAGUAUAUCCGACCCAGCGCUCCACAGCUCCAGUUUGUCCCCACAGUAUGUUAGCUCAGGGGGAGACAGCGGAGUGGAUAGCUACUGUGACCCCAUGUCUGACCUGCCAUCCAUGGCAAUCUCUCUCUGUGGGGGGCUCACUGACAACAAGGAGAUUACUAAAGAGCAAUUCUAUGAUAAAAUCGUCUCCUAUCAGCAGUUUGCAGAAAACCCCUCCAUCAUAGACGACCCGAACUUAGUUGUUAAAAUUGGCACAAAGUACUAUAACUGGAGCACCGCAGCUCCACUCGUGCUCGCCCUGCAAGCAUUUCAGAAACUUCUGCCAAAGGCCACGGUGGAGAACAUCAUGAAGGAGAAGAUGCCCAAGAAAGGAGGGAGGUGGUGGUUCUCCUGGAGAAGCAAAAAUAAUGCAAAAUCAGAAUCAGUCGCUGAGUGUGAGGCGUGUGGUUCUGCUGAACAGGUUGGAAAAAUGAAAAGCAGGCCUAAAGAAGAGUCAUCAUCUAGUGAUGAAGAUUACAUUGCAGCCAAACAAAGCUCCCCCAUCAUCCAAUCAGAACCUGGGAUCUCUUCAGGGGGUGUGUCUUAUAAGAAAACACUCCGCCUCACAUCAGAAGAGCUGCUGUCCCUUCAGUUGCAGGAUGGUCCUAAUGAUGUUGUGUUUAGUGUGACCACUCAGUACCAGGGAACCUGUCGCUGUCAGGGAACCAUCUACCUCUGGAACUGGGACGACAAGAUAAUCAUCUCUGACAUAGAUGGAACCAUUACCAGGUCAGACACAUUGGGUCACAUCCUGCCCACACUGGGAAAAGACUGGACUCACCAGGGAAUUGCACAACUCUACCACAAAGUCAGCCAAAAUGGCUACAAGUUCCUAUAUUGUUCAGCUCGGGCGAUCGGCAUGGCUGAUAUGACCAGAGGCUACCUCAACUGGGUUAAUGAGAGAGGCACCAUGCUUCCCAUGGGCCCUGUCCUUCUCAGCCCAAGCAGCCUUUUUUCAGCCCUGCACAGGGAGGUGAUUGAGAAGAAACCGGAGAAGUUCAAGGUGGAGUGUCUCACAGAUAUCAGAAACCUCUUUCACCCAAACAAAGAGCCUUUCUACGCAGCAUUUGGCAACAGACCUACGGAUGUGUAUUCUUAUAAAGAAGUAGGAGUGCCACUAAACCGGAUUUUUACAGUAAAUCCAAAAGGGGAGCUAGUGCAGGAACAUGCUAAGACCAACAUUUCAUCCUAUGCACGUCUUGGUGAGGUUGUGGACCACGUGUUCCCCCUCAAGAUGCGUUCCUGCUCCUCAGACUUUCCCUGCUCAGACACCUACAGCCACUUCACAUACUGGAGGGAGCAGCUUCCCCAAGUGGAGCAGGAGGAAACUACAUCUCUGCAGAAUCCUAAUUCCAGCAACUGAUUUCCACCUGAGCUUGCAAAGAGAGCACUGAUUGGCUGAAAUGUUUGAAAUAUAGCAGUGUUAUGUGCGACAAUAGUUACUUGUGAUGUAAAUUCUUGUAGAAGAUCAGGUAUUUUUAUGCACUUUCAUAGUCAACCAAGAAAUACAAUCUUCUGUUUAGUCUUAAGGACAAAAGAUGCACUUUUAUCAAAGGACUGGAUGUGUAUAUUUAGAAUAGAUUGUUAUAAUGUAUUCAGGCAGCUUACCGAAGUUAUUAUUUUGGAGAUUAAUGUUAUCUCAUUAGUUAGACUUUCUAUUUAUCUCGAUAGAGGCACUGUGUGAGCUCACAAUCCAGCUGUGCUAGGCACUCAAAUAUUGACUGAUUUCAGUUGCUGUUUGUUGGAAAGUUGUUACAUAAAAACAUUUCUGAAAGCAAGGUUCAAUAAAAAAAUCAUCUAUGUUGCUUUAUUUCAAUUGUACGGAACAGAAAGCACAACACUAGUAGCUGUAGCCAAUAACUCCCUCUAAAGUUUUAUCUGAGACGAUUUGUUCAAUAAUGUUUAUUUUUGUAUCCAAUCUAUGCAUGCGUUAAGAUAUCUUUUAUAAUACAGUUGUAACUAGAAAAACUUUGUUUCGUCCAAUUUCACUUCUGUCAUAGACUAUCUGACUAAUGCCAUUUAAAAUGCACCUCAGAGUUGUGUGGUUUUUUGUUGCAGCAUCGGAAAAGACAGCUCGCCACAGUUUGGACAAGAAUGUUUUUCUGUGUUGGGAUCUUUAUAUCUGUCAACACCACAAAUCGUAUGAAGUUGAAUAGACGUGGGAGUCACUAUUACAGCUGUUUUUCAGACAGAUUUGGUAAGCCGUGUAAAGACAUCAAGCCUGCAGUAUUGUUUAUGAGAGAGGAUGUGUAGUUAUUUAAUAAAUGCUGUUAUUCUUUCCAUGAAAGAGCAAAAACAGAUCAACAUUCUUUUAAUCUUUGCCUCAACUGUGAAUCGCUCCCCUACUAGCCUACACUGACCAGUUUAUUGUCAUAGUGGUCUCAUUAAGCACAUUAAAUUAUAAAACACU